AUGACUGCCAAAGUCAUUGGUGAGCGGCUGCCGCUGCUCCCAGACACGUCGGACCCAUCGGAUCGCACUUCGUAUGCUUCGACGUUGGCGAUAGAUGAAGAUGCUACUACGCACAAGGAUGCGCCGACUCGCGCCGUCGAAGACGAUGUCCUGCCCGAAACUUCAACGCUCGGUCGGACGUUGAACUGGAAUAGCUCGUAUAUCCUGGUAAUGUCCAGGAUUAUCGGCAGCGGCAUCUUUGCGACGCCUGGGACAAUUCUUCAGGCUGUCGGCAGCCCAGGGCUCGCUCUGUUGCUGUGGGUUGUCGGCGCUCUCGUGACCGCCGCUGGUCUGGCCAUUUUGUUGGAAUACGGCUCGAUGCUGCCGCGGUCAGGCGGCCACAAAGUAUAUCUCGAGUACACAUUUCGCCGCCCGCGGUUUCUAGCGUCCACCCUCGUGGCCAUCAACGCUGUGCUCCUGGGAUUCACCGCCAGCAACUGCGUCAUCUUCAGCCAGUAUACUCUGUAUGCGGCGGGCUAUGUACAUGCCAACGAGGUCGCUCAAAAAUAUGUGGCCGUCGCCAUGCUCACCGUGGUGACGGCGAUCCACGCCGUCACGCCAAAGUUUGGCAUCAAGCUGCAAAAUUUCCUCGGCUGGGUAAAGAUUGGCGUCGUGGUAUUCAUGAUUCUCUGCGGUCUCAACUGGAACUGGGGUGUCUUGUGCACUGCGCUGUUCAAAGUCUUCUACUCCUACUCGGGUCUUGAAAAUAUCAGCAAUGUUCUCAACGAGGUCAAAGACCCCGUGAGAACAUUGCGCUCAGUGACCAGGACAGCAUUGGUGACGGCGUGCAUCAUGUACUUUCUCAUCAAUAUUGCCUACUUUCUCGUUGUGCCACUGGACGAGAUCAAGGGCAGCGGAGAGUUGAUUGCUGCUCUUUUCUUCCAGCGCAUAUUCGGUACUCGUUUUGGUGGUAGAGUGCUACCCCUGGUUGUUGCACUGUCAGCAUUCGGUAACGUCCUGGUCGUGGUAUUUGCCAUGGCGCGUCUGAAGCACGAAAUUGCGCGCCAGGGCUUUCUGCCAUUUUCUGACUUGCUUUCCUCGACCAAACCUUUCAACUCGCCUCUUGGUGGACUCAUUGUAAAUUACAUUCCUUCUCUUCUGAUCAUCGUGUUGCCGCCGUCCGACAAGAUCUACUCCUUCAUUCUCGAGGUAGAAGGGUACGGAGGACAAAUCACAGGCUUGGCGAUUGCGGUUGGCCUACUAUGGCUGCGCUAUACGCAACCAGAAUUACACCGUCCUUACAAGGCGUCGCUAUUUGCAGUGUCAGUCAAGCUUGCGCUGACUCUUGCGUUGCUCGUGGCGCCUUUCGUACCGCCGAAGGAAAAAUACACGGGCGGCUUGUUCUACGCCACAUACGCCAUUGUCGGUAUUGCGACAGUUUUGAUUAGCAUAGUAUACUGGUACGUAUGGACAGUGGUCAUUCCACGGUGGUGGGGAUAUAGUCUUGAGGAAGAGGAAGCGACGCUACCAGACGGAACAACAAUUACAAAGCUUGUUCACAAGCCUCUACAAUAG